CAAGCCCCUGCCUUGCCUUCGCGCCCGUACGUGAUCGGCCUGACCGGAGGAACCGGGAGUGGGAAAACGUCCAUCGCCAAGCUCCUGGGGCGCCUGGGAGAGUUCCUCAUCGCAGCCGACAAGCUGGACAACCGUCUCUAUGUCCCCGGUUUUGGCCCUGCCUACAAGCAGGUGGUGGCGACCUUUGGCGCAGAAAUCCUGCAUGAAGAUGGGACAAUCAACAGGAAAGUCCUUGGGGCCAAAGUGUUUGGAAACCAGGAGCGGCUGAAGAGUCUCACAGACAUCGUGUGGCCUGAGAUAGCUCGGAUGGUGAAGGAGCAGAUCAGGGAGGCAGAAGCUCAAGGAAAGGCCGUGUGCGUGCUGGACGCUGCCGUGCUGCUGGAGGCGGGCUGGCAGGACAUGGUCCAUGAGGUGUGGACGGCCGUCAUCCCGGAGGACGAG